GCUGUUACUGGGUUACGCCGGCUCGCGGGGCAGCGGUUGAGGCCUGUGUUUGCGUGUGCUCGCGCCUGUGAAAUAACUCGUAAUUUUAAAUCAGAACCAAAGGGAAACACUGAGGGGUCGGAAGGAAGGAAAUAUUGUAGGUAAAGACCAAACGGCUUGUUAAAAUGGCGGAGGGAGCCGAACGAGCUGAUGGCAGGAUUGUGAAAAUGGAGAUGGAUUAUAGCUCCACGGUAGACCAGCAGCUGCCGGAGUGCCAGAAGAUGGCUCAAGAUGGAAGAUUACAGGAAGGCAUUGAUAACCUAUUGUCUUUGGAAAAGCAGACCCGAACAGCUUCUGAUAUGGCAUCCACGUCUAGAAUCUUGGUUGCCAUAGUUAAGAUGUGUUAUGAUGCAAAAGACUGGGAUGCAUUGAAUGAAAAUAUUGUACUUUUGUCUAAAAGAAGAAGUCAACUAAAACAGGCAGUUACAAAAAUGGUCCAAGAGUGUUGUGCAUAUGUUAGUCAGAUCACUGACCUGCCAAUCAAAUUGAGGUUGAUUGACACACUGCGUACCGUUACUGCUGGGAAGAUUUAUGUGGAAAUUGAACGUGCUCGUUUAACCAAACACUUGGCGAUGAUAAAGGAGGAAGCUGGGGAGCUGAAAGAAGCUGCUGCUAUUUUGCAAGAGCUUCAGGUCGAAACAUACGGGUCCAUGGAUAAGAAAGAGAAGGUUGAAUUCAUCUUGGAGCAAAUGAGACUUUGUUUGGCUGUAAAGGAUUAUAUUCGAACCCAAAUCAUCAGCAAAAAAAUAAACACAAAAUUCUUCCAAGGGGAAAAUACUGAGGAACUGAAGUUAAAAUACUACAACCUAAUGAUUCAAGUUGAUCAACAUGAGGGAUCCUAUCUGUCUAUCUGCAAGCAUUAUCGUGCCAUCUAUGACACACCUUGUAUACAGUCUGAGAGUACAAAAUGGCAACAGGCUUUGAAGAGUGUCGUUUUGUACGCAAUCCUGGCACCCUAUGAUAAUGAGCAAUCUGACCUCGUUCACAGAAUUAGUCUGGACAAAAAACUUGAAGAGAUUCCAAAGUACAGAGAUCUGCUGAAACUGUUUACCACAAUGGAACUUAUGCGUUGGAGCUCGCUGGAAGAGGAUUAUGGCAAGGAAUUGAGGGAAGAGUUACCUGAAAAUGUUUGCACAGAUGUUUUUUCUAGCACAGAAGAGGGAAAUAAGAGAUGGAAGGAUCUAAAAAACCGUGUAGUGGAGCAUAAUAUUCGAAUAAUGGCAAAAUAUUACACAAGAAUCACAAUGAAAAGAAUGGCAGAGCUUCUUGAUCUUUCAGUUGAUGAAUCAGAGGAGUUUCUUUCUAAUCUGGUGGUAAACAAGACCAUUUUUGCAAAAGUAGAUAGGCUAGCAGGAAUCAUCAAUUUCCAGAGACCCAAGGACCCCAAUGACAUACUCAAUGACUGGUCUCACAAACUGAACUCUCUGAUGGGACUUGUGAACAAAACCACACAUCUCAUAGCCAAGGAGGAGAUGAUUCACAACCUCCAAUAGAGGAUAAGAGUUUGUGUGUCUUUUGAAAAGACAUUUUAAGAUCUAAAAUAAUCCUUCUGAACCAUGCAAAAAAAAUGUAUUUUUUUUUGUGCUGAACCAGAAACAGCUUCUGAUUUGUCUAGUGCAUGGUCUCCACAUGGUUAGAUAUUGAAGAAUGGGAAUUCACAGUAUGGUUGAUUUGCCUCUUUUUAAAAAUAGUACAACCUGGAAUUUGAAUUAAGUGGAAUGUUUGUAUUUUGUGAUGUGUAUUGUAAAUGGAAUAAACCAUACUAUCAAAACAUUGUCACCAGGGUGACUUUCAAUUGAAGAUUUCCAUGAUUUUGUUUUUUUUGAUGUGUUUAUUAAAUAAAAUUUAAUGUUUCAAAUUUCCUUUCCAAUAAUUGCAGCAUUCUACUGCAAUUCCAUUAUAUGAUUCCAUUUACAGUACAGUGCAUAUAAAAUUUAAAAAAAAUAGUGGAGAAGUGUAGAGAAGUUCAAUGUACUUUUCCCUCUUUCCUCUCAUGAAGCAUGGUUUGCCACUGCACUUGAUGUUUUAAGUUAUGUAGUCAUCACUAACACCGCUGAUUUAACUGUUUGGUCAUAUUUGUUUAACAACACCCUUGCUUCCCCUCUGUUGAGUAUUUAUAAUGGCAUUAUAUUGAAAGUAUUACAACAAACUUUCUGACAUAACAUAAUUGUUUAUGGUUUCCCCAUUGAGAAACCUAUAAAAUUUUCUCAAACAUCAGUCCUGAUGAUCCAGUUUCUUUCAUAAUUCCCAAACAUAGCAUUAUCAGAGGAGGAUCUAUUAUAAAUCAGGUUUAUAUCAUUAAUCUUGUAAUAAUCAACUUGACAUCAAGAAAUUUCACAGAAUGAUUCUUCUUCAUUAAAGGUGAAGCACACAAUAUUUAAACUGUUAAGCUUUUUUAUUUUUAUCUCAGCAAAUAAAUAUUCCCAACAACGUUGUUAAUCUAAUUCUGCUGUUUAAGAUCGCCAAUGUACAACAAUCCCUUAAGUUUGGCCAGAACCAUCUUUUUCAUUACCUUCAAUUUGUUUUCUUUAAAUAAUAGUUAUGUUCUCUGCUGUAACUGAGGUUAUUGCAUUCAGGUUUGCCUCACUUAUUUUCAAAUGUUUAAAACAAAAAAAGACAAAACUUUAGAGAUGCAUUAUUAUCAAAUUAGCUUAGAAUGUGAAGGUUGCCACCACAUGAAACUAUUGAGGCAAAUAGCAUAAAUACAUUCCUGUUUCAGGAUUUGGAUAAUGUGAUUAGAUAGAUAGAUGGAAAGAGGCUAGUGUGGAGCAGAAAUAUUGCCAUGGACAGAAUGAAUACAACAUAUAAACAGUGUCAUUGUACUUUGGCAGUUUAUUCACACAUUCCACAGUGAGUAUGUUGGUGCAAAUGUGCUGAUUGGCCUCUGUCUGCUGAUGGUGGUGGAGGGGGAGGUGACAUGACUGACUUAAACAAAAUCUAAUCCAAUCCUCAAUUUUAAAUCAGCUUUCUGGGGGUCUGUAAUUUAGAAUCUCUUCAGUGUGCAAAGAGGCCAUUCAGACCAUCAAGUCUGCAUCAACCAUCUGAAAAGCAUUCUCCUACCCCUUACCAUAACUACAAUUAUCAUGCCUAAUUGGUGAAAUCUACACAUCCCUGGACAUUACAGGGAAAUUUAGCAUGGCCAUCCACCUAACCUGCACAUCUUUGGACUAUGAAAAUGUGGAUGUAAAGUCGUUUCCAAGGGAAUUUAUUCCAUUUGGAAGGUAGAUUUUUAACCAAAGUACUAGUGUAACCAAACAUAGCUUACAGAAAAGCAGAAAUAAACAUUUUUGAAUUUUUCA